AUGCAUGGGUUAUUGCCAGGUUGGGUCUUAUUACAGCAGAUUUACCUUAAGGAAUUAUUGAGUAUCUAUAAUCAGGAUAGUAUGACAACAUUACAUUAUCAUCAUAUCACAGAUGAAGAAAUUUCAAAAAUUUUUCAAGAAUCUAUACUACAAGUUGCAAAGAUUAUGAAAGCAGUUUUUAAUAAGGAAUUUAUAUUAGAUAGCUAUGAGGAAUUACAGCUAUAUCUUAAAGAAGAGUUUUUAAUUCUUUCAAAGGUUUUUGCAAGUUUUGUUAAUUUACCAAUUAUACAUAUUAAUAUGCAUCUUUUGAUGCAUGCUAAAACUUUUGGUACACUUGUCAACUCUUUUCAAUCCAUUAUACUGUAA